GCCCGGGGUGACCCCGCCCACAAGGCAGGUUCUGCUCCCAAUGUGGAGCCUCCUGGAGCUGGGCGGGUGAGGAGCCCUUGGCGGGCGGGCUCCGAGGGGAGGAGCAAAGGCAGCGGAUUGCCUUUCCCCUUGGGGCCGCAGCCUGGAAGCCACAUGUUCGGCCACAGUGGUGGUCCUCUUGUCCGUACCCAUCCUGCCCAUGACCUUUCUGCAACACCGUGUCUGCACUGGCUCGGGGUUCUUGGCACGCUUCCCCAUCAGAAAGCCCCCGGAUCGCCAGUGAGGGCGGUUCGGUUCUCGGGAGGACAAUUCCUGCAGGUGGCAGGGAGGCCCGCGUGCUCGCCUCCCUCCCAAACUUGCAUCCUGGGAAGCAGAGUCCGGCUAAUACUGGUGUGUGCGUGUCACCAGCCCAAGCUGCUCGUGACCACGUUCUCCAGGCCCCCUCACGGAGAGCGGAGUGCCCCAGAGCCUGACGGCAAGGUCACCGGGGUGGUGCCAUGUGCAUCUGCUGGGAUCCUGACUGGCUGUGGUGACCAGUGUCUCCUCGGGCAUGGUGACACCAGGAUCGAUGCCAAGCUUUUCUUCGCUUCAGUUAAUGUGCGGAUUCUGUUUGGCUCUGUCUGGUUCACCCCGUGGGCCGAUCGCUAUGGAUCAGGGACAAGACGCCGCCCCAGACUCCGCCCUCAAGAAGCAGGUGGGCCACGUGACCGUGUCCUAACAAAGUCCGGUCAGAGCUCCGCCCUGGGGAGACGGCGUGCAGGCCCUAAGCCGCAGGUGAAGUUCCUCGCGACAAGGGUGUACUGCCCCGUGUGGUCCCCUGGUUGAUCUGUGAUGUCCUGCACACGGCAUGACUCCCACAGUCACCACGUGAGCGGAGCGCAAGAGACACCAGCACGGUGGGCGGGGAGAUCC